GCCCUGCCAUUUUGAGUUGCUUUAGACAUGAAUAGGUAGCAUUGGUCAGAACAGAAGUAGUUAAUGAGCAAAACCAAGUACCCGUGUGCUGAAUAUUGAUUUUGGUUUACUACUGCUAUCUUGUGCUUCACAGAUUUUUGCAUCAGAAGGAGCCCGUAAGGAAGAGAAGCUCUCUGGAUUCUGUGUGCUUUCUCUUUCCAGUUAGUGUAUAGUUGUGUUUCGAGCUUGGAGCACUGAUUUCUGUAGAGAUUAACAUACUUCUGCAGUUAUUGGAUUAAUAUUAGCAGCAAUAUGUUUCUGAAAAUUAGCUUUUCAGCAUGAAUGUGAAAGAGUUCCUAGCCAAAGCCAAAGAAGACUUUUUAAGAAAAUGGGAAAGCCCACCUCAGAAUACUGCUGGCCUAGAUGAUUUUGAGAGGCAAAAAACUCUUGGAACAGGAUCAUUUGGGAGAGUUAUGAUGGUGAAGCAUAAAGCCACAGAACAGUAUUAUGCCAUGAAGAUACUGGACAAACAAAAGGUUGUCAAGCUGAAGCAGAUAGAACACACACUGAAUGAAAAGAGAAUAUUACAAGCAGUGAACUUCCCUUUCCUUGUAAAACUGGAGUAUUCUUUUAAGGACAAUUCUAAUUUAUACAUGGUAAUGGAGUAUGUUCCUGGUGGUGAAAUGUUCUCACAUCUAAGAAGAAUCGGAAGGUUCAGUGAACCACAUGCACGGUUUUAUGCAGCUCAGAUAGUGCUAACAUUUGAGUACCUCCAUUCAUUAGACCUCAUCUACAGAGAUCUAAAGCCUGAAAAUCUUUUAAUUGAUCAGCAAGGAUACAUCCAGGUCACGGACUUUGGCUUUGCAAAAAGAGUAAAAGGAAGAACUUGGACGUUAUGUGGGACUCCAGAAUACCUGGCACCUGAAAUAAUUCUCAGCAAGGGUUACAACAAGGCAGUGGAUUGGUGGGCAUUAGGAGUGUUAAUCUAUGAAAUGGCAGCUGGAUAUCCCCCAUUCUUUGCAGAUCAACCCAUUCAAAUUUAUGAGAAGAUUGUUUCUGGCAAGGUAAGGUUCCCAUCACACUUCAGUUCAGACCUAAAGGAUCUUCUAAGAAAUUUACUCCAGGUAGAUUUGACCAAACGAUAUGGAAAUCUCAAGAAUGGUGUAAAUGACAUAAAGAACCACAAGUGGUUUGCGACUACAGAUUGGAUUGCCAUUUACCAGAGAAAGGUAGAAGCUCCAUUCAUACCAAAGUGCAGAGGCCCUGGAGAUACCAGCAACUUUGAUGACUAUGAAGAAGAAGAUAUUCGUGCGUCUCUAACAGAAAAAUGUGCAAAAGAAUUUGCUGAUUUUUAGUAGGAGUAGGAGGACAAGAUGACAUCAGGGCUCACAUUGGGAUCUUUGCACUCUGUUAUCAGAUGAGGUGGAGCUGAGACCAUCAUAUGUCAAAACAGUUACCUAGUUACUUCAUUCCACAAAGCUGACUGAGGUCUUUAUUGCCAUCUUCCAUGUGUGCGGUUUGCACCAACCCUUCUAACUAGGCACAAUUAAGCAAGCACUGUUUGUGCAGUAACACAGAAUAAUAGACCACUUUCCUACUUAACUUUGGUUUCUGUCGUUCUUUGUUUCUGUGUAUUGUUCAUUUUUCCCCUUUAAAAUGAAGUAGUUUUUUACCCAAGAAUGCUCCAUUUUAUUUUGAAUAAUGUAUUAUUUGUGUGAGUGAAAUGGAAGGUGUUGCGGCUAGUGUGAUUUAGACUGAAGUGAAAGGUAAAUGUUGCUUCUAGUCUGUGCCAGCCAAUAAUUCUUGUCUGUCUCGUGUCUGAUGCUACAAUUUAUAAUAAUUUUUUAGUAGCUCAGACUAAACCUAGCCAACAUUUUUAGCGUUUUUGAAGGUAGUAUUUAUCGCCAUAUAAAUGUCUGCUAAAUUAACUUUAAAAUGUUUCUUCCUGGGGACUGACCAAAAUUCAGUAGAAUCAAUUGGAAGGCUUAAGUAGGAGACAGUAGCUAGACCCCGUGCCUUGGUUUUCUACAUCCCUGCGGUUUUCGUCACUGCCUCCUUCCUUUGUAUUUCCACCUAGGCAGUAGGUCAGUUGCCAUAACCAGACUGUACCACCGAAAGCUUACAGUCUCAAGAGAGGGAGUAAUUCCAUCUGGUCUGGAUUUUGGACCAUAUUUAACCAAGUCAACUUACCAGCAUUUCAGUUGGCCAUAUGAAAUGACUUUUUUAAGAACAUUAACCCUAAACUCUUAAAGGAAGUUUUGGUCAGUAUUGUAGAGAAUGACUCAUUUUUAUUUUAUUUUUUUUUCUUAGCCAAUAUUUGGGCUCCCAAAGUAUUCUUUGUUUUAAGCCUUUUUUGAUAUUUUUUUUUUUUUAAGGCAUCCUUUAAAAAAAAAAUAAAUAAAUAGAAAAUGAUGUUAAAGCAAAAAAAGCCACAAAAAGUAAAAUGUGCUCUGCCAUUAGCUUGUGAAAAGCAAAUGGUUUAGCAAAUGCAAAAUAAUGUUCUAGAUGCAUUGCUGGAUGAACACGGUUAUUUUUUGUUAGCUGUUAAGAAUAAGAGGUUAUUGCCAAGUUUUAUUCUGGUAUACUAUAUUAGUAAACUGAGGAUGGAGUACUGCUACAAUCACUUUCUUUUUAAUUACAGCACUUCAUUCAUGAAGAAAAGAGACAAAGUUUAGAAACUGCAACAGCUGGUUUUAUUUUAGUUACAUUGUGUCUUCAUUUUUAACCUACUUUCUUUCAAUCAACCGGAAUGUAUGGUCACACAGAUAUAAGCAUUUGGGCUUAAUUAUGUUUUGUAUACUCUCACCAACUGACUUAAAAGAUAUUGCUGUCAUGUGCUAGCUUUGGGCACUUUCACACAUUUAUUUCAAUGUUAAUAAUCAGUGGCUCAGCACUUUUUUGGGGGUUGCUUUUAAACUUAUUCAUAGUAGUUUUAUUUGUACACUUGAUUCUGGCUCUCUCAAUGACCUGUCUUAAAACAGCGCAUCAAAACAGUUUAAACUAGACUCAUACUUCAUGACAAAUUUACCUGCAUACAAGGAUGAAUUGUUUUUAAUAAAACUGAGCUCUAUUGAUACAUAGCCAUUGCAUUUGUUUGAAUGUCAGAGAAAAUAAACCACUGACACUCCUUCCUUUUAAACUGUAUGACACUCCUUUAAGAAAAGACUUUGUAGACAUUUUACAGAAGAGUAUGAGGCGUACCAUCAAACAUUCUCUGUUUAGGUUGUUGAGCAUUUUUGCACAACAUCUUUAGGAGGCUGAUACUGAAUGCAGUCUUUGUCCACCCAUAUUUACAUAUUUGCAAGAAAAGUAUAAGAUACUUUGCUGUAGCAAAUUUUAUGUAACAAAGAUAUGUCGUCACAUUAAUAAAUUUAAAGAAAUCCUUUGUAUGAAAAUGUUAAGAUCUUUUGUAUUUCAUUUAGACCAAGGACAUGCUGCUGUAUGCUAGCUGUAUGCGAUAAAUUCUACAGUAACUUUGUUGUCGUUUAUGAACUUUAAAAGAUUUUAAUAAAUGUUGGAGAUCACAA